UCUAAGAAUUACACGCUACAAAUGCUUGUGGUGCAGUAUCCCAAAUUUCUUUGAUUUCCUUGCUUUCAACCGUGGUAUUUUAUUGUCGUGGAUCUAAAUCUGACUACGGAUUAGAGAAGAACCAUGCAGAUAACGUUUAAAACUCUUCAACAACAAACUUUCAAGCUCGAAAUAGACGAGUCUGCAACGGUAGCAGAUCUCAAAAACAAACUAGAAACUGAGAAAGGAAAGGAUGCUUACCCCAAGGCCUGUAUCAGACUUAUUUAUGCUGGGAAAAUAUUAAAUGAUGACCAGCCAGUAUCAGAAUACAAAAUUGAGGAAAAGAGUUUUGUUGUCAUUAUGGUAGCAAAGCCAAAGGCUGCUCCUGCACCAGCUCCAAGCCAACCUGUAUCAACACCUCAGCCCACAGCUGCAACAGUCACAGAAAGUACUGCAAGACCUGCAGAUGAGUCUAAGCCUGAAAGCUCUGAUGCUGAUAAACCCAAAGCUACAGAUGAACCAGAAUCAACUACAAGUCCAGCUGUUUCUACUGCCACUCCAUCUUCCAGCUCAGAUCAAGUUUUGUCCACUGCUGAGUCAACAUUAGUUACAGGGCAGGAGUAUGACAGAAUGGUGGAUGAAAUCAGUGCAAUGGGAUUUGAAAGAGAAAAGGUUAACAGAGCUCUCCGGGCAAGUUUUAACAACCCAGACAGAGCUGUGGAAUACUUGAUGAGUGGUAUACCAGAAAUAACCCAGGCCCAAGAACAAGAUGAACAACAAGAAGAGGGUGGAGGUGAUGCACCAGCCUCUGGAGGUAACCUGGAGUUUCUGCGCUCACACCCUGCAUUCCUUAACUUGAGACAGCAAGUUCAACAGAACCCUCAAUCAUUAACACUUUUACUGCAGCAAAUGGGACAAGCAAACCCACAACUCCUUCAGCUCAUAAGCCAAAAUCAAGAGGAGUUCAUAGGUAUGUUAAACAGCCCUGAUAUUGGUCCAGCCCCUGUCGUGGGCUCACAGCCACUGCAGCCUGGCUCAGGAGGUGAACAGGACUUGGGAGCACCACCAGCUGAUGCAGGCUAUGUUAGUGUUACACCACAGGAAAAAGAAGCCAUCGAGAGGCUAAAACAACUUGGAUUUCCAGAAGUUCUAGUUGUCCAAGCCUAUUUUGCCUGUGAAAAGAAUGAAACAUUGGCUGCUAACUUUCUACUAAACCAAGCGGAUGAAUGAACGUACCCAAGAUGAGAUUUUCUGCCAACUGUUUAAUUACAAGAUCUCUAAUGUUCUGGAUUUCCUAAAUGAACAUUCUAUCAAUAUUUGAAGGUCAUUUCUGUGCAGCUGGACCAUCCUACUAGCAUAGCUAAUACUGUAUAUUAUUAUUAUUAGUGAUAGUAAAGCAUGAAUUCUGAUGAUGGUGUUAUUAUUAUUAUUUGCAGUUGUUCAACUUGUUAAUUGUUAUAUUGUACCUAACCCUAGUAAUAAGAAUAUAUUAAGUGAGUUUAUCUUAGUGAUGUUCUUUCCAGAUAAUUGUUAUUUCACCUCUGAUAUUGAUACAAUGUGUGGCCAAUCAUCCGAUUUGUCUGAGUCUCUAGAUUCAUAGACGUGAGAGCGAUAAACUAUCGUGACUGAUCCUAAAAAACGUCCUCCCGAUUAGAUAGGAGAAUAAUUUCACGAGUCACUUCGCUGUGGAACAUUGUGGUGGAGUGUAAGAUGCAUCAUAACAUAUGCAUUUACGAUCUGAAGUGGACUCUUUAUUCAGAGUUCGAACUCAGUAAUAUUUCGUUGCCCUUAGAAUUAAAGCUUUCAUGAUGAUGUGGCCUUUACAAAAAAUUAAAGCUAAUGGUAAGGAAACGAGUGAAGAGAUCUUCAAGUGGACGCAAUUAAAGAACGUUGACCGGUCACAAUGAACGUUUUUAGUUUGGGUUAGUAGCAAUCCUGGAAGAGGAGUAUAAGGGCAAGGGUUCGAUAUGCUUUCCUUUCUUCGUGUUCCCAAGAUGGGAACAAAAGUCUGCUCUUCCCCUUAUAAUUCAGCUUAAUAAUAGAUGCCUAAUACAUCUGUAUUUGUGGUGCAGUACAUUUAGUUAUGCUUAUCCAAAGAUCGUAUCACUACAGCUCUAAUUGCUUGGAUUAAAACGGUUCUUUAAGUUUUCCUGUCA